AUGAACAAAAAAUCCACCCCCGAACCCCAAGUUCCCCACCUCUCCCUCGCUCUCCCCCGAUUCCCAUCCGACGCCAUCCCCGCCGCCGCGCGCCUCCUCCCCGCCUGCCGGCGGGCCUCGCACCACUUCCCAGCUGCAGCCGCGGCCGUCUCACCGCCCAUCGCGCCAGCCCCAACCGCCCAAGUGCCUCUCCCCCACAGCGGCCGCCGCCCCUCGUCCCCGCCCCACCGCCGGAUCCAACCGACGUGGUACUGCCGGGAACCUCCAGCUCCUGCGGCGUCGUUCCGGACCACAAUCAUAGGAUCCCUCCACCGCCACCACCCAUCCUCCUCCGCCGGCUCUCGACCUCUCCUACCCCUUCCUCUUCUCGUCUCCGGCGCAUCCUAUGGCUGGACCGCACGUAGAUCGGGUGAUCUCCCACGGUGCGCUGCCCCGCUAGGCCUCCCGACCACCGCCGGACACCUCUCCUCCCAGAAGCUCCUCCACAACGAGCAUUUGGAUGGGGUGGUCCAGGUGCUUGCUGUGGAUGAGGAAGGCCAACAAACCACCGUGGGCGCGGUCUCCCUGCUUUGCCCCACCCGUGUCCCUCCCAAUUCUGCUCCCUGGCCAUGCCCCCGCCGGCUGCCCAACCAUCCAUCUCGAGCAAGCAGUCCAACGUCUCUCGCACGAGCAGUCCGUCGGCAUGCCUCGGUGAAAUUUUUGUUCAUCCAUGAAGCUGAUAGAACGCACGACGCUGUUGAAAAAAUGACGCUGCCGACCGAUGCCCCAGCACGGAACACGCGACGCAGUCCACUAGAGAGUCUCGCGUCGACGAGCCCCUGCAGCCACUUUGCCAGCUCGUGUGCACCACAAGUGUUUGUGUUUAUGCCCAAAAAAAGAAGGUCACCAAGCUGGAGGGGAGAAGGUCAGAUGAGGUGCAAGGAGCAGGGGUGUCGCCUUUGAUGAGGAACAUGCUCGGCUGUUCCAGAACGUGGUGUUCUUUUUGUUGUUGCUGAGUGAGUGAGUGAGCGGGUAACUUCAGAGGCAUAAACACAAAUCUAUAUGUUGAUACGGAGUGAGUGUGAUGCAGAGUGUGAUGCAGAGGGUGUUGACUAUAAUUUGCAUGUUCAUACGUCUGAGUGAGUGAGCGGGUAACUUCAGAGGCGAGAUGUAGAGGGUGUAAAGACAGAGUUUUGAGUCUGGGUGGAUGCAAGUGAAGUGCUCAUGAUCAUGGCUAGACUUUUACUAUCUUAAGGGGGGCAGCAUAGAGUGUAAAUGUUGAUGAAAAUUUAGGAGUUGUUGUAAAAGGCACUUGGUUUUGGAUAAAUGAAAUCCGAGAGGGAUCGCUUUUUGUCAAAUAUA